AGCGUCUACCCUCCACCCCUCGAGGAAGCCCAGCGACAUCCAUCAGACUGGUUGCACUCUCAGAGGUACGCUUGAGCACUCCUCAGCACUGCAACCCCGUCACCUAAAAACAGCCUGACAAGAACACCUCCCUCCAGGUCCGGUGAUCUCUGCAGCGGGUUUUCUCCUCCAUCAGGACCGGGGGGAGAGAUGCGACGUCUCGGAGGAGGAGGAGGAGACGAACUGGCCAGGCAGCAGCAGCAGAAGCAGCAGCAGCAACAGACACCUGAGAGGAAGAUCUGACUUAGUUACUUCAACGUCAAAGAAAGCUCGGCUAAGGCUCGUCAGACACUCGUGCGGAAGAUUUAGAUCGAAUUGAGCCGACACCUGGAGAGAUUUGAAGUUUGUAAAGACUUCAGCUUGUUUUAUUCUUCUGAGUGGUUAAUUGCGGUCAUCACUAUGACUGAUGGGGAUUAUGACUACCUUAUAAAGCUCCUUGCCCUGGGGGACUCCGGCGUGGGGAAGACCACCUUCCUGUACCGAUACACAGACAACAAGUUCAACCCCAAGUUCAUCACCACAGUCGGCAUUGACUUUAGGGAAAAGAGAGUGGUGUACACACAGACCAACCCCACUGGGGCGGCUACGGGGAAAACCUUUAAAGUUCACCUUCAGCUAUGGGACACAGCUGGACAGGAGAGGUUUCGCAGCCUGACGACGGCGUUCUUCAGGGACGCCAUGGGGUUCCUGUUGAUGUUUGAUCUCACCAGCCAGCAGAGCUUUCUCAACGUCAGAAACUGGAUGAGCCAGCUACAGGCCAAUGCCUACUGUGAGAAUCCAGAUAUCGUGUUGGUAGGAAACAAGGCGGACCUGGCCGACCAGCGGGAGGUUCAGGAGAAACAGGCCAAAGAGCUGGCCGAUAAAUACGGGAUCCCCUACUUCGAGACCAGUGCAGCGACAGGUGCUGAGGUGGACAAGUCGGUGAUAACGCUGCUGGACCUGGUCAUGAAGAGGAUGGAGCAGUGUGUUGACAAACCACCAGCAGAGUCAGCCAAUGGGAACGGGGCCACAAAGCUCACCGAUUCGCAGUCCAGUGAGAAGAAAUGUGCAUGCUAGAUGAAGAGGUGAUUCAGGAAAAACAACCAGUCCAGCCCUCCUCUGUUGUCUGUCCUUUUGACUCGCCACACUCCCACCUUCGAUUGAUUUCUCUUUCUUUUAUUGCACAUCGUUCACUCUCUUUUCUCUGAAACUAACCACGAACCAUCCUCUGCUCAUUUUUCUUUUCUCUUCACCCCUGGUUUCUCCCUUCUCCUGUCAAACUGUCCGCCACCCUGGCCAUGAAACAGCCCUGUCCCCCUCUAGUGGACAUUGAAGGUGAUACAUUCUCAGCCUCUCUGCCUUUGAGCUCCUCAAGGAGGAAAUUAAAACAGACGGGUGAACGUUUCCUCACUGUCAGACACAUAAUGUGCCUCGUUAAAACACGCAACCUGGGAAUUAAGCUCUGCAAGCUCCCAUUUCUGUUCUCAAAAAGUGGCUUGAGUGAUGUGAAGUGAUCUAAAAUGGCUUAAAUAGGUGUUUAAAUCUAUCUUUUUCAACUCUUUUAAGUCUUAUAUGUGUGUCAAAUUGUAAUGGAUGAAUGAUCGUGCUGCCUUUUUCAGCCAUCAUUGGAUGACAGGCUAAUCUGGGCCGCAAAGAGUUACAUCAGGCUGUUUUUGUUGAAAAUGAAGUCGUAAUUGUCUGCUAAAACAUUUCCUUAUUGAUCAGGCUGAGCAGUGACCAAUCAAAAAAACAAAAAUCUCCCCAUUUCCUACUGUUACGGAUGCUGUACCCAUUUUUUGUUUAAUAUGCUCCAAGCCGUUUUGUCUUUUUGACGGAUUGGAAAAGUCCAAAAAGGCGUUGGAGUUCUUGACACCCGGGUGGUCGUUGCUUUUCUCAGCUUAUUAUGAUUCUUUUUAACAUGCAGUCUCUGAUAACAUAUUGAGCAGUAAUUACAUUUUUUGUUAAGUUAAUUUCAACAUGUUAGGUAGAUAAAUAUAAGGGCCUGUAUAAUACUUAACAUUAGUAACAAUGAGCUAAAUUAACAAGAAAACAAGGGUUCAUCACCUGUAUACAAUUCAAUUGUGAAUAAUCACAAACACCACUAAGUAGGUUAUUUUCUGUAUUGUUAGCAACAAAUACUAUUAUUUUGGAUCAACACAAUUGACCACACAUGAUUUCUGUUGGUAUUCAUUCAUAAAAAAAACCACUUGAAAAAUGUCUCAAAAGUCUGUAGCAACCUGCCUCCACUUUGAAGCUAACUAUCUAGCUAACCAGAUACUAGCUAAUGCUUAGCAGUGUUAGUGGUGGCUAAAAGCAACAUGCUGAUGAUGAUAUUUUUGUAGCUCCAUAUGAAGACGAAUCCAACAUUCUCUCCAUACUGCGGUCAUAGAGUUGGUUGUUGCUCAUGUUAUGCUAAUGCUAUGUAUCUGAAUUCCCUGUCUGACUUUUGACACCAACUAUCAACAAAUAGCUUUUAUCUUAUCUAAGGUAACCCAGCCAGCUAAGCUCUGCUUGGAAACUUUGGCGUUUUCUCAUACAGACACCGGAUAGUUUUUAUCCUGUUCCUGUUUCCUAUUGCCACACAUUUAAUAACUUCAGCUAGCUCUCCGUUAGCUAGCUGGUUUGUCAGACGUCGCUGAUGUAAAGCUAACUGUACAUUACACCUUCAUGAUGGUACCCGACUGGAGUGGUCAUUCAUAUUGUAAGACAAAUAUGGGUACAGCAUGCAAUGGAGGACUAAAACCUACAUCGUUUGUCAUUAAUGUGUCCAUACCUAGACCAGGAAAGACGUGUUGUUUCACUGACCUAUUGCCUUGGCUUUUAAAGCAUUGUUACACUCUGGUGGAACAGAUACAAAAUACUAUUUUGGAGUUUGAGAUACAUCUGCUGAGAUAUCUGCUGCCCUGGAGGUGCCAAUUUGCAAAUGAAAGAUUUUUCAUCCAUAAUAUAAAAAAAUAGAUGUCUUCUUUCCAGAUCCAUCAAAGAUGUAAAAGAUGUAAAAGAGGCCCAGUAAUUCAAUAUAAAUGGAUUUGACCAAAUGUAUGACUGGAGGGGACCAUUAUAACGAAAUGGCAUAAUUAUUAUGCAAAUAGAUAUUUCUGAUUUGUCAGUUGGGUGAUGUCAUCUUGUCAGGGCAGCCAAUAGCAGACAAUGUCUCAUCUCUUUGUAACAGAUAACCAGACAGUGAAAUGUCACUUUAAGGCCACAUAUAUGACCAAUGUUGUUAAAAUAUUUAUAUUAAAACAAACGUAUUAUUA